AUGACGGUCGACAGUGAACUUACAGUCAGAGACGCAGAAACAGCAGCAAUAAUCGCCGAGGCGAAGACAGAAGACGGCUACCAAUGCCGCUGGUGCAGGAGAAAUCUUCAGCAACCGUCUGGUUUACUGAGGCACAGAGCUUACUGCAGCUGGAACCCCUCCCUCCGCGAUUGGGAAAAAGAAGAGCUAGCGCCAACCGUCAAACAGGAACCCACUUCACCCACUCCUCUUCACCCGGAUCGUCAUCAGUGCGAGUGGUGCAACCGCUUCUUCCAGAAUCAAAAGGGGGUCGUCAGACACAAGACCUACUGCGCUUGGAACCCGAUGCGGCUGCGAGCACUGAAAGAGGAUCGAGCUCGCAUGCGAGAGCAAAAGGCCGCCCUGAAGAACCAACGAAAUGCCUGGAAAAAUUGCAGGAGGACUCUUUCGAGCUUCAACUCCUCUUCUCCUUCUUCGCCGACUUCUUCUCUUCCUACAUCGCCGCUCAGCUCCGCAGACUCCACCCCUGUAUCACCGCGAUCUCCCUUCAACUUUUCUUCCCUCCCCUCGGGCCAGAUCACCCCGCGCUCGAAGGAAGAAUCGAACCCAUUUACCUUCAACCAGGCAGCGAUUGCGCCUCGCCAGCGUCCCGGCCACCCGUACAAGCCAAAUCAACCCGAGCCGGUGCACGUCUCCGUCAUUACCUCAACCUUCGAUCUGGACUGCAACUGCGGCUGCACGAAGAUGCACGCGCACGCAGACCAGAAAUUUCUUCAAGCACGCGCUUUCGUUACAAAUCAACUUCGAAAAUCCUCCAUCGAAAGUCCUUCCAGCUCCCCGAAAACGAUCGAUGAAGAUUUCGACGAAGAAAUAGACGUAGAAUCAUAA